CGAAAAUCAGAAUGUCCUCUUCGCUCCGCCUCGAUAAACUCUUCAGUCUCAACGAUCGCGUCGCGCUUGUGACGGGCGGCGGCACUGGGAUCGGCUGGAUGAUCGCUGAAGGUCUCGCGGUCAAUGGUGCGAAGGUCUACAUCACAGGACGCCGCCAGGAGGUACUGGAGACGAAAGCAUUGACAUUUGCGCAGGAGCAUAAAGGGAAUGGCUCCAUCAUACCUCUGCCCAUGGAUGUGACCGAUCGUAAGAGUAUACUUGCUGGCCAAGAAGUGAUUGCUUCCAAGGAGGGAGUGCUCCACAUUCUUGUCAACAAUGCAGGGCAGACAGGCCCCGUCUCGCCUUUUUUCGAGAAUACGCAAGAACCUGAGCACAAGGAUACCGAGACACUGGGGCGCGCGCUGUUCAACAACGAGUCGUUCGAGGAAUGGGCUGACAUGUACAAGAUCAACACUUUCUCGGUCUACUUUGUGACCACUGCCUUCCUUGGCUUGCUCGCGAAGGGCAGCGAAGAUGUACCGGGGUACACAUCCAGUGUUAUCAAUGUCACGAGCAUCAGUGGAAUCAUCAAACUCGCGCAGAACCAUUUUGGAUACAACAGCGCGAAGGCUGCCGCGUCCCACUUGACAAAGAUGCUUGCUACGGAGCUAGCACUGAAGAAGAUCCCCGUCCGCGUUUGCAGCGUCGCGCCUGGGGUCUAUGAGUCGGAAAUGACUUACGACAAGAUCACGCCUGAUAAAGUGAACGUAGUCGGAAAGGGCGUUGUCCCGGUUCCUGAGAACCGACCUGGCACCGCGCAGGAAAUUGCGGGCACUGUCAUCUACCUAGUGUCGCCCUGUGGGUGCUACACAAACGGCCAGGAAAUCGCCGUCGAUGGCGGAUACACUGCGGUGAACCCAUCCGUCCGGUGAUGGUUAUUCGCGUCCGGAGCAUAGAAGGAAU